AGACUUCAGUGGCCAGUGAGAACAUCUUUCAAACAUGGGAAAUAUUUUUGCUAACCUCUUCAAAGGCCUUUUUGGCAAAAAAGAAAUGCGUAUUCUAAUGGUUGGUCUGGAUGCUGCAGGAAAGACUACUAUUUUGUACAAACUUAAACUUGGUGAAAUAGUAACUACUAUUCCUACUAUAGGUUUCAAUGUGGAAACAGUAGAAUACAAGAACAUUAGCUUCACAGUCUGGGAUGUAGGUGGUCAGGAUAAGAUCAGACCACUCUGGCGCCAUUAUUUCCAGAACACACAAGGUCUGAUUUUUGUGGUUGACAGUAAUGACAGAGAACGAGUGAACGAGGCCAGAGAAGAGCUUAUGAGAAUGUUGGCAGAAGAUGAGCUUAGAGAUGCCGUUUUAUUAGUGUUUGCUAACAAACAGGACCUGCCGAACGCGAUGAAUGCAGCAGAAAUCACAGACAAACUCGGACUGCAUUCCCUUCGUCACAGGAACUGGUACAUCCAGGCAACCUGUGCCACUAGCGGAGACGGUCUCUAUGAAGGACUGGACUGGUUGUCCAAUCAGCUCCGAAACCAGAAAUGAAACCAUAAAAUUUCCUCUUCUUCUUCCCUCUUAUUUUUUUUUUUUUCCAACCCCUUCCCUCUUAUUUCCUCUUCUUCACCCUUCGCUUUACUCUAAUGUGGCAAACUGUGCUACUUUGUGGUAUUGAGUGCCGGAAGCUGUUUUCAUUUCUCUUUUUUUGUCACAGUAUAUAUUGCAUCAUGCUGUAAAUGUGGCAAAUCCAAGCCUGAAAACAGUUAGGUUUCUUAUUUAAUGUAAAUAGUUUUUGUUUCCAAUGAGGCAGUUUCUGGUACUCCUAUGCAAUAUUAUUCAGCUUUUUUUUUUUAAUUGUAAAAAAAUCAACUCACUUAUUUAGUACUCGGAAGGGAUUGAAGUGGGUUAACAUUAUGGGUUGGCAGUGGUCCUCGUGCAGUAGAGCUGAAUUCUAUCUCGGUUGGGUUGUGAGAUCUGUGAGAUCCGUUUUGGUGGUUGGUUUUUAACCUGAAUUCUGUAUUUUUUUCUUUUAAAUAGUCAAGGAAAAGUAAAAACACUUCAACGAAUGUUUGACACUUCAACAAACAUUUGACAUAACUUCUGCUGUUCCAGCUUUAAUGCAGUGACUUUUGAUUCUUUUGAAACGG